AAGAAGUCACGAUUCUAAACCCUUCUUCGGAACGACCAGAAAACUUACUUCAGCCGAGAAGACUGAACUGAACUGAUCGCCGUCGAGAUCGCCGUCGGAGGGACCGCCGAAUCGCCGUCCGCUAACUAUGAGGGCCGUUCGCCUUCUCUACCCUCUAAGACAAGUAGCUGCAUCGCCGUUGCCGCCGGUCGCGUUCUUCUCUGGUGCAGUAAUAGACACUAAAUCGACGAACUGUGCCGCCACUGAUGCCAAUACGGAAAGUCCAGUGCGCAGAAAUCGUCCGAAAUUUAAGUGGAACUCGGCUAGUUUCGUCGGCACAGUGGAACAGCCCCUUAGAGUGAAUACCAGGAAUGGCAAGACACUCAGUGCUUGGACAUUUCUCCGAGCUAAAGUCUCCCCGGAUUCCAAUAGCAGUUUUAGGGUUUUUCUUAAACUGUGGGAAGAGAUGGCUGAAUCAAAUCUUGAACGUCUUAAACCUAAUGAUUUCAUCUAUGUCGCUGGUACUUUAGAGUCUUAUAAGAAGGAUAAUAAGUGCGGGAAGUCUUAUUUAUGUUACGAGUUAACUGUGUCGGAGUUGAAUUACAUAAAACAAUAUGAUCAAGGCUCAAAAAGUCAAAAUGAUGAAGGCGUGCGACAUGAAGAAGGUGACCCUCGUAAGAAGUACAGGGAACGCCUGCAUUUGUGGCAAGUGUUUUUCGGCAGCCCAUAUGAAUGGUGGGAUAACAGGAACCAUAAGUCAAACUCCAAACAUCCGGAUUUUAGACACAAGAGUACGGGUGAGGCCCUGUGGCUGCAGGCAACAGAUCCUCCGUGGAUCAGAAAACAGCUUGAAUUUCUCGAUGGCAAAAUGGAAGAAAAAGACCAACAUUGUCAUUUUGGUUCUGAUUCUAGCAUGUCAAAAUGGUUAUAUAGCUGAAGAAGCCUUCUCGGAGGUUUACAUUGCUCCUUAUGCUAGAACACAUAUUUAAAUGAGUAAAAAAUCCGUUUCCAAGAUUCCUCUAUGCAGUUUGACUGUGAAAGGCCAGAAGAGGAACACCGAAACAGAGUAGUUUUCUUGGCAGAGAUUUAUAUUGUAUAUGUACAUAAAGGGGAAGUUAAAGCAUCAAGGCCAGAACGAAGCAAAUGGACCAUUUGUAGAUUGAAGAUACAUGUAGGAGGCAUUUGUUGGUGUUUUCUCUCCCUUUUACUUUCAGUUACUUCAGAAAACUACUUGUGCCAUAACUGUCUAUAUUAGAAAUUGGGAUGAGCUUAA